AGCAGACAUUGGAUCUUUUUGAAUACCAACAAUCACGGUCGCAAACACGUCGCAAACAUGUACGCCCAAGCUCUGCGGGCUUCGCGCCAGACCAUUGCCCGAGUGGCAUUCCGCCAGCCGGCUAUGAUUCGAACAUUCAUCACCCCAACUGCCGUGCGACAGGAACUUUACCUCAAGGAAUUGAAGGCUUACAAACCAACACCACUCAAGGCCAACGACUCCGAGGGCCAAGUUCUAAAAUUUGCCGUUCCUGCUACACCUGCGUCCCCUGAAGAGACCGACCUUCAAAGCGGUCUCGCCGAGUACGAGGCCCAGACACCGGAUGUGGUCGGCGCAAGCAGCGAGGGAGAGGCUGCGCCAGCUGAGCAAGACUUCUUCGAGGAGGAGGAAGAGGAGGAAGGCGGUGCUCACCACUAGAGUGCGAAGAUUAAUCACACGGGACAUGUAAAAUACAUCGCGGAACCAACGUGGAUAUUGUCGUGCAAGAACAAAAGCCAUUCUCAUUUGUAAUGAUGAAGUGAAGUGCGAUCAAAUCAUGAGCAGGAAGUUGCCAGGAGAGACUUAUGGAAACAAGAUUCUUGAACAAUGCAUCACGCAACAGCCGUUAGCUUCCUAUGCUUUCGAGGUCAUCUCAUCUGACACGUUUAUCAGUGCAGGCCAGAAACUCCUUCCACGGUGCAUCGAGAGGAAAUCACGUGACAUUAUUGAGAC